AUGCUUGAUGUCCUGGCACCUGAAAAUUCGCAAGAAAUGUGGACGGAGCUUUGUGAUCGUCAUGCUGUAAGCAGAGAGAGUCAGGUUGUGGUCGAAGGCAGAAAGAACCCACAGAGAGUUUUGGCCGUGUGUUCUUCAUCUGUUCGCAAGUCUCUGCAAGGACAUGAUAACUUUUCAGCACAAGGAGUGGAAGCAUUUGAUCAUUUAGGGAAACUCGUAGACAAGCUUGUUGACUGUGGCAAGACUCAGCAAUGGAGGAGGGAAAUUAAGCAGCAACUUCGUUUGUCGAAGCAGUACCUAACGGGCGACUACAAGGUACAUGCAGUGGAGGCCUCAGAGGUUCCCGAUCAUUGUCGAAGUUAUGCGCUAAGUGAUCCAAGCAACGCAGAAUUUCGGGGCUCCUGCGACCAUCUCCACAAUAAGUCAUGUCUGCAGUGUUAUGAGUUAGAAGAAGUCAUGCAUACCAUAGAAGAUGAGUGUUCAAGUGCCCUCUCGUCAGCAGAAGAUCAAGCUGACAUGCUGCAUACCUUCAAACAGACAAGGGAUGAUAUCAUUAGCUGGAAAGUCCAUCAGCUGCGUUCAGUCCACCAAGCUGAGGCAAAGCAUUCAGUUUUAGCCAAACUCGACAGCCGAUCGGUGCUGUUAGUCCAGGACUGGGCAAUGAAAUAUAUGCCCCGAAAAUAUCGAGAGACACAGUCAGAUUGGUUUGCGAAGCGAGGAUUGCCAUGGCGCAUUAGCGUUGCCAUGAGACGGUCAGAGGGUUCUGAGAACUUUGAAUCGCAGACACUUGUUCACGUAUUUCAAAGCUGCGCCCAAGACAGUGGCUUCGAUAACGCUUGACUGCCUCACUACCCUGAAAAAGGAAAUUCCAGACCUGGAGAUGGCUUAUUACAAACAAGAUAACGCUGGCUGUUAUCACAGCGGAAAUUCAAUCAUCUCAGCUAGGCUGGCCGGUGAUGCCGUAGGAGUGGCUUUUGUAAGAAACGACUUCUCGGACCCUCAAGGUGGAAGGGGGUAUGUGAUCGCAAAGCAGCAACAAUCAAAGGCGACGUUGGAAGGUACGUAAACGAAGGCAAUGAUGUAAUCAACGCUUUACGGCUCAAAACAGCCAUUGAAUCUGGCUAAGGAACUACAGGAGUUAAAGCAAGCUAUGUUGCUGCCAAGCCGUCGAGCACCUUUAAUAUCAAAUGGGAUGGCAUAAGCUUACUUAACAAUUUUGAGUACGAUGAAACUGGCGUACGAGUGUGGGUUCCGGUAAAGUAGUGCCAUGGGCAGAGUUCGAAGGAGUCAUGAAGCAGCCCGAAAAAUUGGAAAUCCUAGACCUCCCAUCGCAGAAUGCAGGUGGCGCACCGCCGUUCAAGAUUGUGAGACACCGACAUAUCAAGAAAAGCUCUGUCAAAGCAGAUUUCUCAACUGAAAACGAAAACCAAGAUC